AUGGCCUCAGCAGAUAUCACACCCCGUGCUGGAUUCCGCAUCCCGGGAGAACCGACCGCUCCAUCCCCUAAAACAUCACCAUCGCUCAUACGCAGUUUCGUAUCACGUUUACAACAGAAACACCGCGCACCAAAAAAUGCACGUCUGAACCAAAAGCACUGCGUUUUCUAUCAGCUGCCUGCAGAGCUGCACAUGUGCAUUGCCAGUCACCUCUCCGGCGCCGACCUCCUCAGCUAUGCGCAAUGCAGUCGAAAGACGCCCUUCCUCACGUUCCAGCUCCAACCGCCUCGAUCUGUAAAAGCGGAUUUUGCAGCACGUCUACGUAGGGACCGAGAUCUGCAAAUGCUCUCCCUCCGCGGCGACGAUACACAGAAGUUCGCCUGGUGCAGCGACCACCUGGUUCUUCAUCACGUCGGCCUGUUUGCACCAUCUCAACUCCUCGACUCCGUAUCCAACGACACACGCGUGUGUGUUUGCGCAAGAGCACGCUUUCGAGUGUGCGAGCAUAGGAGUUGCAGCCUCAAGGAGUUGGUAUCGGUGCCCUCUGACAUUCUUUCUCAACUUUGCGAUAAGCAUGCCGAUGCCGAGGAAGGAAUCAUUGGGCCAUGUUUGACGGUGACACUUAGGGGACUUUCAGUGCCUGGGAGAAUGAAGGCCAUGCUUACAGUAAGCCACAUUAUCUGCCGCAUACCUUAUUACGAAGCGAUUGAGACUACGGUGGCUCGGAUGCAUCUCGUACAACUGAAGGUGCACAUCUGCCCUCACUUGACGACAGCUGACGAAGCUGUGCUCAGUAAGCUGUGCGCUGCAAGGAAGAAGGUCUACUGUAAUGAUUGGCUUUUUGCUGAUGUGCGAGAGGGCUUCAGUGUGAAGGAAAAUUGCGAGUACUGCGCUGCUGAGUAUACACUGCACCGACGUGACGGUGGCGGAAGUGUAUUGCUGGACGUGAGGCGCAAAGUGCGCGAUCUGAACAGCAAGGACGUUCUGGUGCACUUGGAAGAUUGUGGAGAUGUGCAUUGUGUACACGAUGGUACAUUGCGUUGCAGUGAAUAUUGCUCUGGUUCAUAA